ACAGAGCGAGGAAGUUUCUCAAUCUUUCGACGAGAGAGCGCGCUCCGGGAGAUCCGAGCGGGAUUUGGGCGGGAGAGACGCCGAUAACGGGUCAUGUGUGAGGUGACUCGGGACACGCCGGUUCGGAAGCUCCGGUUCUCGGCGCUGAGGGCCCUGUCAGACCUGCUGGACCCGCAGGACACCUGGAGGAGCGUCGCGGCGGACAUCAGCAGACCCUCCGGAGAACCGCGAUACUCGCAGCAGCACAUCCGGAGGUUCGAGGCGGUGGUUCUGCAGGGAAGGAGUCCCACGAUGGAGAUGCUGUCUGACUGGGGAACCACAGACUGUACUGUCGGGGAUCUGGUGGAGGUUCUGCUCCGUCACCAGCUGCUCGCCGCCGCCGGACUCCUGCUGCCCGAACACAGCGUCCAGCUCACCUCCACAGGUCCGUCCGGCGCAUCGGUCAGCACCCUGCAGUGUCCAUCUGAGGAGUACAUCAGUCCUGAGAGCAACAAACCUGUCAGCAGACCCCUGAUGAUGGAGCCGGACAGCACUGAAGGUUUCUGCAGGUUCACGCAGCGUGAGCUGGCUCUCAUGACGGGCGGCUGGGACGAGCGUCCCCUGAGGGCCGGCGGGCGUCUCCUGGGCUCCGGGGGCUUCGGGGUGGUGUUCAGAGGCUCUGUGGGCGGAGCCGACGUCGCUGUGAAGAAACUCAAUCCCCUGAACGACAGCUCCUUAGAAGAUCUCAAGACUCAGUUCCACCAGGAGAUUCAGACACUCAGGAGUCUGAAGCACGAGAACCUGGUCUCUCUGGUGGGCUUCUCCAGCGACGGCCAGCACCGGUGUCUGGUGUACGAGCUGAUGUCCGGCGGAUCUCUGCUGGAGCGGCUGGCCGGUGCGGACGGGGCCCUCCCGUGGCCCCACAGGUGCUCCAUCGGCUCAGGGGCCGCCAGAGGACUGAACUACCUUCAUCAGAACAAGCACGUCCACCGAGACGUCAAGAGCGCAAACAUCCUCCUGGACGAGGCCUUGGUGGCGAAGAUCUCGGACUUCGGUCUGACCCGCGCCUCGACCAAUCACACGAGCUCGACCGUCAUGACGCAGAGGAUUGUGGGUACGACGGCCUACAUGGCGCCCGAGGCCCUGAGAGGAGAAAUCACCCCCAAAUCAGACGUGUUCAGCUUCGGAGUGGUGUUGCUGGAGAUCCUGUCUGGUCUUCCUCCGGUGGAUGAAGGUCGUGAUCCCAAGCUGCUGAUGGAGAUGAAGGACGAGAUCGAUGACGAGGAGCUCUCUCUGGAGGACUUUGUUGAUAAGAAGAUGGAGGGAUGUCGGAUGGAGGAGGUGGAGAAGAUGUAUGACGUGGCAUCUCAGUGUCUCUGUGAGAAGAAAAACAAAAGACCCACCAUCGAAGAGGUUCUCUCAGCACUGGAGGAUCUUCAUCAGACACACUCCCAGAGCUCCAGAUGAGAUGUUCAGGGUGUCUAUCUAGACGUGGACUGAAUCUUCAUCUAAUCACGAGCUCAACCGGACUGACCUUCUUCUCCACCUCCAUCUGCAGCUUGUUCUCCACCAUCUCCAGCAGAGGGUUCUUACAGCUGGAGUAGAGCAUGCGCUCGCGGAUCCCACAGCUGUAUCCCGGCAUGGAGUAAAUAAACACUGAAACGACAGCAGCAUGCCUGAUCUCUCCGGCGCUCUCAAUAUAUGCAGCGUUUUCACUUGCUAUUGUAGUAUUACUCUAUUUUCAUUUUAAAGCUUAAGGAAUUUAGUACUUUAGUUGCUUCCUGUUUUUAUUUUUGAAUUAAAAUGACAAAAAAAGUAAAAAUUUUUUUAAAUAAAUAAAUAUAUAUAUAUAUAUAUAUAUAUAUAUAUAUAUAUAUAUAUAUAUAUAUAUAUAUAUA